CGAGAAGGAAACUCUGUUUGCAGGGUAAACACAUGAAAAUUUGAUUGGGGAAGAAGGGUUAGAGGGAGGAGGUGGAUGUGAGACAAUCGGUGCAUUGUAUUAGUGUCUCAUUGCACCUUUUGCUUCACAAAACAUCCUCCCCAGAUUUCCAUUUUGGAGACUUGCAGAAAAUAGGAACAUCAAAUGCCAGGGCUUCUCACGGAAUCUACAACCAUGGGAUUUGGUGGUCAUGACUCUCAUGUAUCACAGGUACGCAAUGAUCAGAAGAAGGAGAUUUCAAGUGUCAUGAAGAGCAACAAGUCAAAUGGAUGGGCAAACAACAUUUUGUUGAUGGCAGAGCUUAGGAAGCGGAUACUUAUCUUUAGAGGGCUCGUUGAUCUCCCUCCAUGCAAUGGUUAUGUUCCCAUUAAUGAGUUGCUAACGGAGUUGAUCAUAAAUCUCCAUGCUUUGUACCCGGAACUUGUGGUCUGCAAUGUGGCUGCCAAAACAAUAGAAAGUCCCAUGAAUCAGGUACUAAUUCAACUUUAUAAUGCCUUGAAUUCUAUUGGAGACUCAUGGCACAAAAGUGUUGUGAAGAUGAAGUAUGGAAAAGAACCGAGGGAGAGCAUGGAGAAUGUGACAUUGGAGCAACUCAGUAAGAUGUCAAAAAGUGCUUGGAAAGAUCAAUGAAAUGAUUGUCAUUAGAAGGGAAAUGUUGGAGAAGAAAAAUGAGAACGCGAAUGAUGAGAGCUUGGUAGAAACCUCAACUCCGGUGGUUAUUCCAUCCAAAUCCAAUUCAAGAAAGAGAGAAAUCAAUCCUUUGAAUAGUCCAAAAGUAGUGGAAUACUUUCUUUCUUCCCACUUAGAAAAUCCUCCCUCUCUUUUUAGAACCGAGGCAACAAAGAGACUGAAGCCACUAGAAAUGAAGUACCUCCCAUCUAGCUUGGUAUCUCCUCUAUUUACUCAAGAUCUCAACUCUAAUAUUAAGGGAAAAGAGAGUCCAGAAUUUGAUGGCAUGAAGACGAAAAGUGUUUCUUUAGGGUUACAAGCUGAAAUUAAUUCCAGAGAGUCAAAAGAAAGCAAAGAAGAUGUGAACUCAAGAGUCUCAGUUUCUGAGUCCGUGUUGCAUGACUAUGAGGUCAGGGAAGCUUCACCGGAAACAAAUACACCAAAGGGGCUUUCAAAUGUAGUUUUAGCUAUCCAAUCUCCAACACUGUAUCUAUCCUCAAAUGAAGAUGUAGCUCCACCAACAUUACCACUAGUUCCACCUCCAAAUUCUAAACCAUCAAAUGGAACUACUCUGCCUGAACUAAAGUCACCUUCUUGUGAAGAUGGUCACAUAUAUGGGGAAGAAGCAUCAGGUUCUGAGUCAAAUAUGACAUCUGAAGGAAAAGAGACAUCAACAUCACCAAUAGUAUCUCCUCUACCUAUGUUACAAAACCCUGAAUGUGUAUUGUCAUCUUCAAGUGGUACUCCAACUUCAUCUCCACUAAGCCCACCUUCAAGCAAGAUUGGCAAGAAUUCCAAAGAAAGUACAAAUGAUUCUAAUUCAAGCCUAAAAUGUGAUGUUGCAAAUGUAUAUCCACCAACAAUACACAAAAGACCGCCUCCACCCCCUCCACCAUUGCCCCCAAGAAUUCUGUCUUCAAUAGAAGCUACAUCUCCACCUCUGCCAAUUCUUGCACCACCAACAAAGGGAUCCAUGGCUCCACCUCCUCCACCAUUUCCCCCAAGAAAUUUCUCUCCAAUGGAAGUUACAUCUCCAACUCUGCCUAUUCUUGCACCACCAGCAAAGGGAUCCAUGCCUCCAUCCCCUCCACCAUUGUCUCCAAGAAAUUUGUCUUCAAGGGAAGUUACAUCUCCACCUCCGCCAAUUCCCGAAGCACCAAAAAAAGGACUCAUGCCUCCACCCCCUCCUCCACUAGGGAUGGGAAAACUCCUACGUCCAAAGAAUAACACAAGAUUAAAGAGAUCGAUCCUCAUGGUUUAUGUGUAUCAAGUUCUCAGGAAAAAGGAAGAAGGGCAUGUUGGUCCAAAGAGUAAUAAAACAGUACAAGGGAAAAGAUCUAAAAUAGGAAGUAAUGCAGGGGCUAAACAAGGAAUGGCUGAUGCAAUACAAGAGAUUACUAAAAAAUCAACAUACUAUCAACAAAUUGAGGCAGAUGCCAAGAAGUACGCACCAUUGGUGAUGGAGAUCAAGGCUGCCAUUAGUGUGUUCGAGACAAAGAACAUGGAAGAACUUGUCAAAUUCCUCAGUUAUGUUGAAAAAAAUCUCGAAAAUUUAUCAGAUGAAACCCAGGUAUUGGCAAGGUUUGAAGAAUUUCCAAUAAAGAAGCUGGAAGCAUUAAGAGGAGCAGGGGCACUAUAUUUGAAAUUGAAAGCAAUGUCUAAAAACCUAAAGAAUUGGAAAAUAGCACCUCCUAUAGGUCAUCUCCUAGACAAAAUUGAAUCAUACUUUAACAAGAUCAAGCGUGAGAUAGAGAUGUUGGAGCUAAACAAAGAUGAAGAAUCCAAGAGAUUUAAGAGCAACAACAUCCACUUUGACUUCAAUGUUAUAGUACAAGUUAAGGAAUCGAUGGUGGAUGUUUCUUCCGGCUGCAUGGAGUUGGCACUCAAGGAAUGGAGGGAGGCAAAGAUAUCAAAGGAAUCAAAUGGCAGUGGAAUGAAAUUAAAAGGCCAUGCAACAACAUCUGGACGGGUUCUAUGGAGAACUUUCCAAUUUGCAUAUCGGGUAUAUAGUUUUGCUGGAGGACAGGAUGAUCGUGCAGACUUGUUGGCUAGAGAAUUAGCUAAUGCAAUGGAAAUUGAUCCUUCACCCAAGUAAAAUUUACAUGUGUUUAUUCUUGUUGGCAUAAUGAGGUAGCCAUGUACAAGCAUGCCUAGUGUAAUACAAUUGGUAGACUUACGGUCCCUUUUGUAUCAGUUGAUAAAGCUAUCAGAAAAGAUAUGAGAAAAAAUGUGUCGAUAUAUAUUAUGUAAAAUGUUAAAUAGCAGCAAAUUUUGGUGGAAACUAGGUGGUUAUGGAGUUUCAUCUUCCUUCUCAAUCAUAAUUUUAUGUGAAUUGAAGCUAAGAUGAUUCAAUGCAUCUUUCUAAUCAUGUUAUUUCCUGUGUGAACAUAAUUACACUAUCAGUUAUAUACCAUUAUGAGAG